GAUGUAUACUGACCUAAAGAGCAGAAUAUUUAUUCAUACACGCGCAAAUCAGAAGCACAUCGAAAUUCUUGAAAAUUUACGUGUAGUGCAGUCUGUUUUCAGUGGUGGUUCAUGGAAGACGAACCAGUGGUGCCAGAACCGGCGGCUCGCCGUUCGAAAAGGGCUAGGGCUACGGUUAGGACUGCGGAUUUCACACGCACCGAUAAAAUCGAAGAUGAGUUGGAGGAAGAAAGGGAAGAAUCCUCGGAUGAGUUUCAAGAAUCUCGCCGAAAAAUAAAGCGAAAUAAGGCCACUGAAGGUGCUUCAACCUCGGCAGCAGCACGAAAAGCCAACCUGAGUUUCAUCGAGGUUAUUAAAGGUGACGGGAAGGACAUCCCCGAUGUAGUUAAACGAUGGGUUGAACAGUAUGAAAGGAACCAAAAGUCCGCAAUUUCCGGACUCUUGUCCAUGCUUUUUGAGGCUUGCGGAGCAAAAUAUCGUCUUCAUGAAGAGGAUAUAGAUGAGACUGAUGUUGAUGAUGUGGUAGUUGCUCUUGUUAACAUGGCUAGAAGAGGUGAAGUUGAAGAUUAUCAGAGUUCAAAAAGGGACUUCAAGAAUUUCAAAGAUAACCUUGUAUAUUUCUGGGACAAUUUGGUCAGCGAAUGUCAGAAUGGACCAUUAUUUGAUCAAUCAUUAUUUGACAAGUGUUUAGACUACAUUAUUGCCUUAUCAUGUACGCCUCCUAGAUGUUAUCGUCAGAUUGCCUCUCUGAUGGGACUUCAACUUGUCACCUCCUUCAUCAAUGUUGCAAAAUUGCUUGGGUCUCAGAGAGAGACCACCCAGAGACAGCUGAAUGCUGAAAAAAAGAAAAAGAUUGAAGGACCUAGAGUAGAAUCACUUACCAAAAGGCUGUCCAUGACUCAUGAAAAGAUAACUACCAUGGAAGAGAUGAUGCGAAAAAUAUUUACUGGGUUAUUUGUGCACCGUUAUCGGGACAUUGAUCCAGAUAUCCGAGUGUCAUGUAUAGAAUCCCUCGGUGUGUGGGUACUGUCAUAUCCCUCACUUUUCUUGCAGGAUUUGUAUUUGAAAUAUCUUGGAUGGACAUUGAAUGACAAAAGCGCUGGUGUAAGAAAGGCUUCUGUUCUGGCAUUGCAAAAUCUUUAUGAGGUGGAUGAUAAUGUGCCCUCUCUUAACCUUUUCACUGAGAGAUUCUACCCACGGAUGCUUGAACUUGCUGAUGACAUUGACAUUUCUGUGUCAGUAUGUGCCAUAGGGCUUGUCAAACAGCUAUUAAGGCAUCAACUUGUGCCUGAUGAAGAACUAGGUUCUUUGUAUGAUUUAUUAAUUGAUGAUCCACCAGAUGUUAGGCGUGCCAUUGGAGCACUAGUAUAUGAUCAUUUGAUUGCUCAGAAAUUCAAUGAUUCACAGUCUCGGUCAACAGGCGGUGACAGUGAUUCUUCAGAGGUUCAUAUCAGUCGAAUGUUACAGAUACUAAAAGAGUUUUCAGCUGACCCCAUCCUGAGUUCGUACGUCAUUGAUGAUGUCUGGGAUUAUAUGGCAGCCAUGAAAGAUUGGAAGUGCAUCAUUCGUAUGCUUCUGGAGGAUAACCCAUCAGCUGAGCUUGAUGAUGCAGAUGCUACAAACUUGAUUAGACUUCUCUUUGCAUCAGUGAGAAAGGCAGUAGGAGAAAGGAUUGUUCCUGCAACUGAUAAUAGAAACCCACAUCACACCAAAGGUCAAAAGGACAUAUUUGAACACCAUAAGCGUGACAUUACAGUUGCCAUGAUGAAGACCUAUCCUCAGCUUCUGCGCAAAUUUAUCUCUGACAAGGGCAAAGUAGCACCUCUAGUUGAAACUAUUGUUUACAUGAAUCUUGAGCUUUAUUCUCUUAAGAGACAAGAACAGAAUUUUAAGGCUACUCUUAAACUAAUGAGAGAGGCGUUCUUUAAGCAUGGGGAGAAGGAUGCCUUGAGAUCAUGUGUGAAAGCAAUCAAGUUCUGUGCGACAGAAAGCCAAGGAGAGUUGCAAGACUUUGCUCAAAAUCAGGUCAAGGAGCUUGAGGAUGAAUUGAUCGGCAAACUAAAAUCUGCAGUAGAAGAUGUUGUGAAUGGUGGUGAUGAAUACUCGUUGCUAGUAAAUCUGAAAAGGUCAUAUGAAUUUCAGUUGUCGGACAAAGUUCCUCUUGAAAGCUUGUAUCAAGAUCUUGUACAUAUUCUUCAAAGUUUCAAAAACAUAGAUGACGAGGUUGUCUCCUUUCUGCUUCUCAAUAUGUUCCUUCAUGUUUCCUGGUGCUUGCACUCUGUUCUAUCCAGUGAAACAGUUUCAGAGGCAGCUUUAUCUUCUCUGGUGGAGAAGCGUGAUGCCUUGCUUGAACAACUUGAGUACUUCCUUCAUAAUCCUUUAAAACUUAACAGUGAUGAUAGAUGUAAAAAUCAACUUGCAUAUAGGGUCUGCGGUAUCCUUGCAGAUAUUUGGUGUCUGUUUAGAAGGACAAAAUUUGCUUCAACAAAGCUGGAAAUAUUAGGGUACCGUCCAGAUGAAUCCACUGUUGAUAAGUACUGGAAAAUGUGUGAACAACUGCUCAAUGUUUCAGAUGAUGCAGAAGAUGAAGAAGAAAACAGAGAAUACGUGGAGGAGACUAAUGCUGACGCUGUCAUGUUUGCUCUGUCCAAAUUAGUGGCCACCGACACAGUUCUUAAGGAUUAUCUUGCCCCAGAGAUCAUUUCUCAUGUGGAGAAGUAUGGUAGGAGUGUUGGUGAGAUUGUUAAGCAUCUGCUCACUGCCUUAAAAAAAAAGGGUGACAUUUCAAAUAUUAUUGUAGAAGCGCUGAAAAGGGCCUACCAAAGGUAUCUGGUAAUAACUUCCUCUGGCAAUGAUGAAUCACUAUCAAGCAAGUCAUUUCAGGAGUGUAAAGAUCUGGCUGUCCGGUUAUCUGGAUCAUACGUUGGUGUUGCUCGAAAUAAGUAUAAAGCUGAAAUUUUGAGUAUUGUCAGAGAAGGUAUCAAUUAUGCGUUUUCACAUGCUCCAAAGCAGCUGUCUUUCCUGGAUAGUGUAGUGCUGCAUUUUGUGUCCAAGCUUCCUGCAAACGACAUUCUUGAUAUUAUGAGAGGAGUUGAGAGAAGAACUGAAAAUGUGAAGACUGAUGAAGACCCCAGUGGGUGGCGUGCCUAUUACACAUUUCUGGACACCCUUCGUGAGAAAUAUCUGAAAAAUGAAGGUGUAAAAGAUGGCAAAGAAGGUACGUCUGUGAGGCGUCGGGGUCGUCCGCGUAAGAAGCAAAACCUACAAGGCAAAAGGCUUUUUGAUGAGCAAAGUUCAAGUGAAGAGGAGGAUUCAAUCAGUGGAUCUGACCAAGAUGCAGGGGUUGAAGAAAAGCAAGAUGAUGAUGAAGAGGAUGCACCUUUGAUACGUUCACUCAGAGCAUCAUCCAAGCUAAGAUCUAUACGGGUUUCUAAGGAGGAGAACAGGGACCAGACAAGAACAGUAGAUCGAGCAACAGAAGAGUUGGCUACCCCAAAAACUUCAGGUGCUUCCAGUUAGCAACCACUCUACCAAACUCAAGUAAUGACUGCACUGAAGAGUUGGGAUGACUUGCAGCAGAUGAUAACCAGGAAUAUGAUGUGUAAAUUAUGAAGUGUAUUAUUGUCUUUACCUUUGUUCUUCUGUCUCGUCUCUUCUUCUCUCAUGGCUUCUAUAGCAUGACUCUGUAGAUGAAUAACUACAAGUUGGCAUGGAGUUUUGUAUGUCACUGUAUGCCUUCAUUUGCCAGAUUCGAGUUUCCUUGGUUUGUUUGUGUACAUGUGAAUGCAUCCUGGUGAAGAGAACUUUGUGUACAUGUGAAUGCAUCCAGGUGCAAAGAAGUGAUGACGGCUUUCCGGAACCAGGUUUGUUUCCUAUAUUCGAAGGAAUAAAGACAGACUGGCGAGUAUGACGAAGAAAUGAGAGGGAUUAUAGAUCUGUGAUGAAUGCGGCUAUGCCUUGACGAAUCACUAUGCUGCGGAGCCUCCUGCAUUUCAUAGUUCACCCUCUGGGGUAUGGUUUGAAUCUUAAACACUUGGAGAGACAAUGAGCAUAAAGUUGUCGAGACUUACAACAGUCCGUUCCGUUUUAACUGUUAGCGACAGGCUUGCCAACAUGGUCGUGCAUGCAUGGGAACUUGGAUCUGCAAAAGGUUGAGCUGAGCUUAUUUUACGCAUAUUCUUAAUUUUCCAUGGAAAAGGCAUGGCUCUCCACAUGUACUUUUUCACAUGGUCUGAUGCUUUCCUUGAAAUGGUAAGUCUGCCGAAAGCAUCUCUCUGAAAAAGUUCUUGAAACAAUUCCAUGAUUCCAAGCAAGAUGACCCAAUCUCUUGAGAGUAAUGGGUGCCAGAAAUGGUGCUUCAGUUGCAAUAAUCCCAAUACGAGGCAGCGCAACAAUGUACUCGAAAUAUUUCUAUCAACGUACAUUAACUGUUGAAUCACAUGGGAAGUUGCAUCUCACAUGUAAUGUUAGUUAAUUUGAAUCAUCCCGUCAGCAUUUAAUAGCUCAAUUUGGACAUUUUA